CUCACUGCACCAGGGCUGAGGGACUCCUCGUCCCCUCUCUUCCCUCGCUGCAGUUUUAACUCAUCUCCAUCAGUGCAGUCAUCCUUUUUAUUUUGCUUGUUUCUUUGGAUAAAUGCUUUGCUUUCUCAUUUUCUCUAUUCCAGGAUCCAAGGAUUUAUUUGUUUACAAAAAAAAUCUAAAACAUAGAUUGCUUUGUUGGCUGUGGCAAAGGGGGCUUUUUGCAACAGACAGCGCUUUAAACUGGGACUCCAACUGGGACUUUAUCUUGCUUUGCUGCUAGAGUGGAUCCUCCCCCUCCCUUCCUUUUGUUGAUCUUCCAGGGUUUUGGUCCGAGUGAAACAUGUACCAAACGUGGAUUAAAAGAAAAAGGAUCAUGCACAUUUCAACUUGAAUGCUCUCUUUAGAGGAGUAGUUAGUGAAGCUACGGUAGCAUCAAGUACUUGAGCAAAAGGUAAUAUGCCAGUAACAAGUUUAUUGGAUACCUGGAGGGACUGCUGAUUGAUCCUGAAACCUCUCUCUGCACGUGUGGCCACAGGAAUUGCUGAGGAGUGGAAGUGAGUGGAGCACUGAGUUCAUCAGCUGGCCUCUCGUUGCUCCUAGAGUGUCCUUUGACCAACCUGCAUUGGAUUCUGACAUUUAACACAUUUAUCUGUUCCUGGAUGUUUACGCUUUUUAUUUUGUUUUGGCAACUUGCAGUCCAGUAAAACUGAGAGGCAAGCUUGUACUUUUGGAUUUAAACCCUUUUCUGAAUGACAGAGAUGUUUUGCCACGCAUUGUCUGACCAAAUACUAGAGAUGCCUUAUAAACAGAUUGUCCCCACACAGCCACAUGAGCUGAAAGAGCUGUGAUAAUAUCUCCUGCGGACAUCUCCCUGUUAUUGUAGCCUGUCUGUGUUUUGAUUUAGACAAUAGCUGGGCAUACAUGGGCUCCAGACGCUGACAAGAGGACCACCAAAAUAAGGGACUCCUGUUCAAUCACCCACCACAAGCUGAAACUUUGUAUUGCAUAUAAGGUUUCUAAAUAAUUCUUGAUAAGAUUUUUUUCUUUUUUUUUUUGGGUUUGGAAGAGUAUCGACAGGAGGAAGCAUUGCUUAGAGUUUCGUCCCUUAACCUUGUGUGGUUUCCUUCCGCACAUCCUCUCUGCUCUCUGCCCCUGUGGUGAGGGCUUAAAAUCUCCAGCCUCCUGGUGGCUGCUCUCAUUAAAAUCAUGCAACGAGGCCGCGGACCCAGACACUGAACCAGCAGGGAAACUCGCCUCAUUGAGCGAUGCUGGUAGUGGGGAAUAAUAAUACCCCACGUUAGGUGAAAUAAUUUUUCCUACCCCAAAGAUGUCCAUCAACUGCUCCCACCAGCCAUGUAUUGUUUAAAAGAAGAGGCAAAUAAGUUGCCGUCGUGUCGCACAGACUGUACGGAUUUUCUUCCUGUCGGUGUUCAGUUAUAGAGAUGCAGCUAUGAGGGUCUGCUAAGCAAAAGCAUGAGUGUGCCUAAGAGAAUAAUACGUUUUUUGAACUGAGAAGGGAAGAACCAGAGGUGCACAGCGGUUCUCCACUCUCAAGUCAACUUCCUUAUGGGUGGCAAAUCUCACAGCUGACCCAACUACAGCAAGAAAAUGAACCACUCUGAACUGACAACCGAUCCCAUGCUCACUGCCAACAGCAGCAAUGGAGAUGUGCUUCGUGGUUGGGUCUCCAACCACUCCUGUCCUUUAGGAUUGGGGUUUAAGGAAGGUGUGGAGGCUUGUAUUUUGGAGACUGCAGUCAUCGUGCUUUUGACAGCCCUUAUUAUUGUCGGUAACCUGACGGUGAUUUUUGUGUUUCACUGUGCGCCUUUGCUGCAUCACUACACUACAAGCUACUUCAUCCAGACUAUGGCCUAUGCUGACUUGCUGGUUGGUCUCAGUUGCCUUGUUCCCACCUUGUCUCUGCUACACUACCCGGCAGGUGUCCAGGAACCAAUCACGUGCCAGGUUUUCAGCUACGUCAUCUCUGUUCUGAAGAGUGUCUCAAUGGCUUGUUUGGCCUGCAUCAGUGUGGAUCGCUACCUAGCCAUAACUAAACCGCUAUCAUACAACCAACUAGUGACACCAUGCCGGCUGCGAGGUUGCAUCGCCCUCAUUUGGGUCUAUUCCAGCCUGGUUUUCUUGCCCUCUUUCUUUGGUUGGGGUAAGCCAGGAUAUCAUGGGGAUAUAUUUGCAUGGUGUGCUCAUUCUUGGCCCACCUCGGCCAUAUUCACAGGCUUUGUGGUGUGCUUUCUUUAUGCACCCGCUGCUCUUGUUGUGUGUUUUACCUAUUACCACAUCUUUCGUAUCUGCCAACAACACAACAGAGAGAUCAGCGAACGGAGAGCACGAUUCCCCAGCCAGGAGAUGGAGCCCGGAGAGGGGAACGGAAGUGGGCACCAUGGAGGUCAUGGACCAGAUCGACGCUAUGCGAUGGUGUUAUUCCGAAUCACAAGUGUUUUCUACAUGCUUUGGCUUCCUUACAUUAUAUAUUUUCUUCUAGAGAGUUCCCAUGUGUUAGAUAUCCCCGCCCUGUCCUUCAUCACCACGUGGCUGGCUAUUAGCAAUAGCUUCUGCAACUGUGUCAUUUAUAGUCUGUCGAACAGUGUGUUUCGCUUGGGCAUGCGCAGACUUUCACAGACUAUGUGCUCUUUCAGCCACUGUGGUGCAGAUGAAAAGGAUUUUGGGGAGCCUAAACCAAGAAAAAGAGCAAACUCAUGCUCCAUCUGAGGGACCGGCCGCUUUAUUAAUGGGGUUAAGAUUCCUGUUGGAUUGUUAAUUUUCAGUUGAAGAGCUGAAAAGAGGCUUGUGUUUUGUCAAGGGUUCAGGUGAAUCUAAUAAUGUGGCUUGCUCAGAGAAAAAAUGGUGACUGGGCUUUUCAAGGAGACGAAUACAGUGUCUAGACAGAGAAUAUUAAUGAGAGAUGGGCUUUCUGUGAUGGAUUUUAUUAUAGUGCAUCAAAGAGGCUUACACGCGCCUUUACAUUAAAACAAAUACUUUAUUUCUGCCAGAUCAGGCCAAGUGGGAAAACAAAAUUUCAGAAUGAAAGAUUAUACAUCAUCUGAUAUCUAAUGUGACCUUAAUACCUGUCAAACUCUCAUUUGUACUUGUGAGGUUUUCAUCAUUUGUCUUUGUCAUCCAUUUAUUAAUGCCCAAAAUACAGUAUAAAGUUCUUUAUUGAUAUUUUACAUUAUAAAAACACUAAAAGUAACCAUGACAACAGCUGCUAAUGAAUAUUACAGUAAACGACAAUGACUGUUUAUGCUUCUUUAUUUAUUCGUUGAGGAAAAUAGCAUUUUUUACUCAAAUUUGUUUUAUGUAGAAGAGGAAUUAAAGAUAUUGGUGUCAGUUGUUUUUUUCUUUCACCUAGCACUGGUCUGACUGUUGAGAUUAGCGCCUUAAAAAGAUUAUUAAUUCUAAAUAUAUCUGAUUAAUUUCCAUAAUUUUUUUAUCGGAUAAAAAAGAAGAAUACAUUUUUCUAAAUACAAGGACUCGAGGCUGUUUAACUUUUUUUUGGGUGUUUGAGUGAUGAUGACUGUGUCAAA